GGGUGUAGAACGAAGCAAGUCCAGCUUUGCGCUCAUUGGCAGAGAGUGUGGGAUUAGAGAUAAAGGCGUUGAGAGCGGCGUCCUGGGUGAGGGCAGAGGACACGGCAGCGAGCUCGGUAUGCACCUUGGUCAGCGUCUGCGGCGACUGAGCCAAGGCAGCACCGUAGACGGCAUUGGAGUAUUUAAGUGCGAGGGCGGACGCAGCACGUUGGCCAAGGGCGGGCGCGGCGCUGACGGCUCUUCGGGCGAACAUGGAGGCGGGAAAGGUCCUUCGUAUGUAAAUGUUAUUGAGUGGUUUCCGACCAGUGCUUCGACUUCCACGACUUCAUACAAGACAAUUCGCGCUCAAGGAACCAAGCCUUGCGUUUCCCACCCGUCCGAACCCCUUACCGCAUCAAAUAUUCCACCUUCCUCGCAAUGCCUCCCCGGCGGAAGUGAAGGCAAGAUAUUUCGAAUUGGUUCGAAUAUAUCAUCCGGAUAAGGCCGAUCCAUCCGUCUCUUCCGCAGACGCUCAUGCACGCUUUCGUGCUAUCACGGCGGCCUAUAAUGCUUUGCGGGAUCCGUCGCCUCAAAGUCUAGAAGGAGAAUCUGGCGCACCGACGCUCAGGGCUCGUGCCCUGUACAAACGCAAUCGGAAUCUCUACUCGGGGAAUGAGCUUGCGGACGACGGCUGGAAGGACAAGAUGAUUUUUGUUGGGGUGCUAAUGGUAGGUAAGUGCGCUGGCGUCGUUCUUUUUGCCGUUCAGAGUGCGAGCACACGUCGAUCAAUCAUCACGGAAAGCAUAACAGCGAAUCGUCCACCAGGUGUGGCGCAACACGACGCAAGGCUGUCUGAAGAGGUGCGGCUCAGUGCCGACAAGACGGCCGCAUGAAUCUUCGGGACAGGAUGUGGAUAGAUUUGUCAAACAGCAUUUAUAAUUACAGAUGAAUGAGGUUGAAUCAAGCUAACGAACCCAU